AACGGAAAUACAUAAAUCGAUCCUUUUUACAAUAUUUGAGAAAACAUUGCUAAAAGGGGGUGAUCGAAAAAUCACCAUUUUUAACACACGCUAGAAAUGUCAUAAUACGAAAGUCCUUGUCACCUAGAUCACGAAUCUGACAUCCGUUUGUCUAGAUCUGAUCGCUUUCUUGCCGUGUUUGCCGUAGGGGGGUACCUAGGUCUUAUAGGGUAGUUCCAUGGGGUUCUAAACACAAAUACGUAAAGUAUUCAGAAAAUUUUCUCUUCCCCCAAACUUUGUAGAGGUUUUUUCGCUGAUCAUUUUCGUAUAAGGAAGUUUUGAAUUCUAUUGAGAAAUGACGACGCUAUCAUCAAAAUAAAAAACAUAGUGAAAUACGGUAAAAUAGUUUAAAUCCCAUUUUUUCUUAUUAAAUAUAGAAAAAAGUCGAGUCUUUAAUCUCGAACCGGCUAUAUUCUCAAGAAAUAUGACAUAGGAGAUCUUGUAGAGAAAACUGUGCUCUUUAAAACCUACUAUAUCAUAUUUCUUGAAAAUAUAGUCGGUCCGAGAUUAGAAACUCGACUUUUUCCUAUAUUUUGUAAGGUAAAAAAUGGGAUUUUAAGCUAUUUUACCAUGUUUUUUAUUUUGACGAUAGUGUCGUUAUUUCUCAACAGAAUUCAAAACUUCCUUAUACGAAAAUGAUCAGCAGAAGAAGCUCUACAAAGUUUGAGGGAAAAGAAAAUUUUCCCAGAAAAUUUUCUGAAUAAUUUGUUUGACAUCCCAUACAACUACCCUAUAUUAGACUCAGAUACUCCCCUAUGGAAAUUGGUAAAAAAAAAAGGAUCAGAUCUAGACAAACGGAUGUCAGAUUCGUGAUCUAGGUGACAAGGACUUUCGUAUUAUGACAUUUCUAGCGUGUGUUAAAAAUGGUGAUUUUCGAUCACCCCCUUUGUACUCGAGAAGAUUGUUUUUUGUAGAUUUUAGUUUGUGAAAGUAUUAAAAUUUGGAAUCAAUCUCAACGAUAUGAAGAGCAACAAAGUGAACGUUUACAAUGUAAUCUAUUUAGAUCACGAAAAACAUUGCAUCAUAAUCUUCUUUUCUUGUUUAUUUCAGGGUGUGCAUCCAGUCAGUACUAAUCCAAUGCAACCAUCGACAUUAUCUGGAUAUUAUGACACGAGAAAAUUAACACGAAUCCUGUUUUCUAUUCUUGUUAUUAUUUUACUUAUGGCUGUUUUAGCAAUUGCUUUUCUUACGAAAAAAACAAAUGAUGAAAAUACAUCGAUAAUUGAAGGAUUAAAUCUUGAAACAACAAGCAAAGAACAAUUAAUACCUUCUGUUAUCAUUAAUACUAAUACAAAAUGGAAACAGAAUGCAAUUACUGUUGCUGGAGGAAAUGGAUGGGGAAGUAAAUCGAAUCAAUUAAAUUAUCCUUCUGGUAUUUAUGUUGAUGAUGAUGAUCAUAAUAUUUAUAUCGCUGACACGUGGAACCAUCGUAUCGUUAGAUGGGAAUUUGGCGGAAACAACGGUGAAAUAGUUGCCGGUGGAAACGGGCAGGGAAGUGCAAUACAUCAAUUGAAUCAUCCUAAAGAUGUAAUUCUCGAUAAAGACAAGAAAAAUAUCGUCAUUUGUGAUCCCGGCAACUUUCGUGUGAUACAAUGGUCUCUUCAAAAUAGUCACGAUCAACAAAUAUUAAUAUAUCCUAUUCUUUGUUGGGGUUUAGCGAUAGAUAAUAAUGGAGAUCUUUAUAUUUCUGAUUGGGGAAAACAUCAAGUCAAACGUUGGAAACAAGGAGAUAAAGAAAGUACAGUUGUAGCAGGUGGACUUGAGAAAGGAAAUCGAUUUAAUCAACUCGAUCAACCUACUUCUAUUUUCGUCGAUGAAUAUCAUUCGGUUUACAUAGCAGAUUAUAUGAAUAAUCGUGUGAUGAAAUGGAUAAAAAAUGCAACCGAAGGUAUUCUUGUUGCUCCAGGACAAGUUGCUGAUAAGAAUCUCAAUUCACUAAUUCAUCCCAUAGGUAUGAUUGUUGAUCAUAUGGGUAAUAUUUA